AUGUACAAUCCCUACAAAUAUGACUGCUCUAGUGCUGAUCUCAAUCCGAUCGGUAGCAUCAGCAAGCUGGAUCUUCGCCGGUUCAUGCAGUUUGUUCUGGAAGGCGGUCUUAGUUGCUCACGUAAGUCAACUUUCGGCCAGCAUGGCCCUUGUGCCAAAAACAUUGAGCUUGACCGGCUGCUGGAAGAGACUUCAGAGCAAAUUUUGAAUGCGCUACCUUCGGCAGAAUUGGAGCCUUUGUCUCUUGACGGUUCAGUGGUGCAGACGGAUGAGCUUGACAUGGGUCUUACGUAUGAUGAGUUGUCUAUAUUUGGUCGACUUCGUAAGCAAGCCGCCUGUGGACCCUACAGUAUGUUGGCACAUCUCCUCUUCGAUGAGACGCAUCCGCGGUUCUCAACCGCCUCAUCCGAUUCCAAUGCCUGCGGCAGUCCGGCGAAAUGCCUGGCUGACAAGGUGAAGCAUUUCUUUCGUCGCUAUGCCAUUAGCCGACACAAGUCAACUGUCUUGCCACCUUCAUAUCAUACUGAGGCGUACAGUGCUGACGAUAAUCGGUGA